AUGGGCUGGCGGCUGCUGCCCGCCGUCCUGCUGGCCCUGGCGCUGGGCGGCCCCGCGGCGCGGGCGCAGAACGACACGGAGCCCAUCGUCCUGGAGGGCAAGUGCCUGGUGGUCUGCGACUCCAACCCGGCCACCGACGCCAAGGGCUCGUCCUCCUCCCCGCUGGGCAUCUCCGUGCGGGCGGCCAACUCCAAGGUCGCCUUCUCGGCCGUGAGGAGCACCAACCACGAGCCCUCCGAGAUGAGCAACAAGACGCGCAUCAUCUACUUCGACCAGAUCCUAGUAAAUGUGGGCAAUUUUUUCACGUUGGAGUCUGUCUUUGUAGCACCAAGAAAAGGAAUUUACAGUUUCAGUUUUCACGUAAUUAAAGUCUAUCAGAGUCAAACAAUUCAGGUUAAUUUGAUGCUAAACGGAAAGCCAGUGAUUUCUGCUUUUGCUGGGGACAAGGACGUCACACGUGAAGCUGCCACUAAUGGAGUCCUGCUCUAUCUAGACAAGGAGGAUAAGGUUUACCUGAAAUUGGAGAAAGGUAAUCUGGUCGGUGGAUGGCAGUAUUCUACGUUUUCUGGCUUUCUGGUCUUUCCCCUGUAAAGUCAAUUUUCCUGUGACAUUCAUCCAGGUGUGGACUCAUCAUUGCCUCUGUUACAUGAAGAUCAUUUUAUCAUCAUGGGAUUGAUGUUUCUUUAUUGGUUUUUCAUGGGUGAAUAUGGAUUCUCUUUAUGGAUUUUGGCCCCAUCUGAACUACUCAGAAGUUUCACAGAAUUUUGUGUGUUUAAAUACAAUAUAUUUGGAUUGAGACUAAAGCAGACAAUAAAUAGCUAUGCUUAAUGUUACAGUCUAAAGCUGCCUGCAAGAUUUAUUCAGAUUUCAUUUACUGGACUUAUUGGAUUCAUGGGAGAAGUGGAU